AUGGAGUAUCCCCCGCAGUAUCAACAGCCUCACGGCCAACAUCCUCAUGCUCCCUCGCACAUCCAAGCCCCUUACCAACCCGCGCCACAGAACCCAGGGCCGGCUGCGGGCUCGAUGGCUUCUCCUACCAACCCACAGGCUCACAUGCAACAAACCCACUCAACUCACCAGGCAUCUCCCAUCGUGCCGUCGCAAUCGCAUUACCAGCAAGCCCAGAAUCCUCCGGGCUCGGUACAUCAGCCGAUGAACUUUUCACAGCCGUAUGGUGUUACACCGGCUAUGCCCCAAUCGUACGGCAUCUCGCCCACCCAGGCUGCCGCGAUGGCCACUGCUGCCGCCUCGGGGCAGUUUUAUCCUCUUCAUCAGGAUUCCAUGGCCAGUCAAAUGCCCCAAGGACCGCGUGGCUCGCCACGCAUGGCCGGUGUACAAGUGAAGAACGACCGAAAUCCUCGCUCACCACCUCAAAUACCGGGGCAAAUGCCUCCCAUUAGCUCGCAGGUGCAGAUGUCACAGAAUGCCCAGAUGCAACAGCGUCGCAUGAGCCAUGUUGGCAGCCCACACAUCCCGAAUGCUCAGCCAGUUCUUAGUCAUGUCGGUCGACCUUCAGUGCCGCCAACGAUGCCGCCUCCGCCUCAGCCCCCUGUGCAGCAAAGCCAACCGUCACCGGAGCUGGUUGCAGGUGGUGCUGAAGAGUCUCCUCUCUAUGUCAACGCCAAGCAGUUCCAUCGCAUUCUAAAGCGUCGAGUUGCUCGUCAAAAACUGGAGGAACAGUUGCGACUCACCUCCAAGGGUAGGAAACCCUACCUGCACGAGUCACGACACAACCAUGCCAUGCGGCGGCCUCGCGGCCCUGGUGGUAGGUUCCUUACCGCUGACGAAGUCGCUGAGAUGGAGAGAAAGCAAUCUAUCGCAUCUGGGCAAGAAAAUUUCCAUAGCAAUGCUAUGAAAGCAGCCGUGGAAAAUGUAUCUUCUGGACAGAAACGGAAAUCCAGCGAUGUCAAUGAUGACAACCUGAACACAACGAAGAAAGCAAGGACUGGGGCACCUCCCCGAACAAGCGCCAGCGCCGAGGAAAGUGACCCCGAGUCUGGGGAUGUGUCCGAUGAGGAAGGUUGA